AUGGUGCAUAAUCUACGACCUCACUGUAAUGUCGAUUAUGUGGAACAAGUGUUCAACGAGGUUGGCUUGAAAGGAGCCUUUGAUUUUCUCUACGUACCGUUGAAUUUCAAGACUCGCGAAGCGGUGGGAUUUGCCUUUGUGAAUUUCGUUGACCAGGAGCACGCUCAGAAGAUGAUCGAUGGUUUCAACAACUUGAUUCUGGACGAUUGUAUGCCAUUGGUAGUGGAGCCUGCGAAAAAUCAGGGCUUGCAGGCUCAAAUCGAUCACCUCAAGGAGAGCCCAGUGAAUGCGGCUGAUGAAGAAUUCCGACCGAGACUUUUCGAACUAGGCACGGGAAAGCGACUUGAAUUCCCGGCUCCUACAAAUCCUCGGCUACCCCGCCGUUCGCAUCGUCACAGAAGGCGUGUACGCGAAUAUGUACCCCAAAAACCAAAGCAGACUGAAGUUUGCGAUCCUUAUGCUAAGACUCAUUUGGACUACAGUAUGGCCCUUGGAGACCUCCUGGCUUGA